AUGAAGAAGAUGAUCGCGGAGAAUAGUACCGAUAAAGUGCGAACCCAAGUUCGUCAGGCACUUUCUCAACAAGCUUUAGCGGAUCAACAGCGUCUCGUAGAACAUGCUGCACAACAGAAAGUUGAUACCGAUGGUGAAGUUAUUCAACCUAUACCAACAGAACAAAACAUUAACAAGGAAAAUAUGAUGGUCGAUCCUGUGCAGUCCCCAUUCCGGGUUAUUAAACGAAAUGGUGAAGUUGUCGAAUUUAAUAAAGAUAAAAUUUCAAUCGCUCUAAAAAAAGCAUUCUUAUCUGUUGAUCAGGCUAAUGAUGCUAGUGCUUCUUCCAGUGUGAAUCAAAAGGUUGAAAACUUAACUCAAGCGAUUGUAGACGUAUUUCUGCGGCGUUGUGGUGUGGAUGGCACGGUCAUUCAAAUCGAAGAAAUUCAAGACCAGGUUGAGCUUGCACUAAUGCGCUCUGGCGAACAAAAAGUUGCGCGAGCCUAUGUAUUGUAUCGAGAGCAGCAUGCUCAAAUACGUGAACAGAAUCUCCCUUCUCAAACGGCGCUUAUUCAAGUUGAACUAAAAAAUGGGGAGCAUGUAGACUUAGACCUUAGUAAGCUGCGCGAUCAGGUAAAUAAGGCCACUGCAGGUUUAAGUGAUGUAGAUGCUGAACUUGUUUUGUCGGAAGCUGUACGCAACCUGUAUAACGGUGUGAAGGUUUCAGACAUUCACGUUACAUUAAUGAUGGCUGCACGUACACGCAUUGAGCAUGAGCCUAAUUACAGCUUCGUUGCCUCACGUUUAUUAUUAAAUAAAAUCAUUGAAGAUGCCUUUGAGUACAUUGGUAUUGAAAAAUAUCGCGAUGAGGCUGACUCUUUUAGUGCAUAUAUCCAUAAAGCUGUAGAACUUGAGCUUCUUCAUCCAGAUUUAUUGCAAUUUGAUCUGAAAUUACUACAGUCACAUAUCCAACCCUCUCGUUCACUACAAUUUACUUAUCUUGGCCUUCAAACUCUUUUUGAUCGUUACUUUAUUCAAAAAGAUGACGUUCGGUUUGAACUUCCGCAAGUGUUUUUUAUGCGGGUGGCAAUGGGUCUCGCGGUAAAAGAGACGAAUAAAAACGAACGUGCAAUCGAAUUCUACAAUUUGCUUUCGACUUUUGAUUACAUGGCCUCUACUCCGACAUUAUUUAAUGCCGGCACACUGCAUGCACAAUUAUCAAGCUGCUACCUUUCUACUAUCGAUGAUGAUCUAUAUGCGAUUUAUACCGCGAUGAGAGAAGAUGCCAUGCUCUCUAAGUGGUCAGGUGGCUUAGGGAAUGAUUGGACACCAGUACGUGCUCUUAACUCGCAUAUCAAAGGCACGAACGGCAAGUCUCAGGGCGUUAUCCCCUUUCUAAAAGUCGCAAAUGAUACUGCAGUGGCGGUUAAUCAAGGUGGGAAGCGCAAAGGUGCUAUCUGUGCCUAUCUUGAAACCUGGCACUUAGAUAUUGAAGAAUUUUUAGAUUUGCGAAAAAACACGGGUGAUGAUCGUCGUCGUACACACGAUAUGAACACUGCCAAUUGGAUUCCAGAUUUGUUUAUGAUCCGCAUGUUCAACGAUGAAACGUGGACAUUGUUCACCCCUUCUGAAACCCCUGAUUUACACGAUUUAUAUGGCGCUGAAUUCCAGGCACGCUACGAAUAUUAUGAGUCUGUCGCUAAGCAAAACAACAUGCUCCACAAAGUUGUAAAAGCCAAAGAUUUGUGGCGCAAAAUGUUGUCUAUGCUAUUUGAAACUGGUCAUCCGUGGUUUACGUUCAAAGACCCAUGCAACAUCCGCAGUCCACAACAACACGUAGGCGUUGUGCACUCCUCAAAUCUUUGUACUGAAAUCACCUUGAAUACAUCAGGCGAUGAAAUUGCUGUUUGUAACUUGGGAUCAGUAAACCUGCCGCAACACAUUGUCGAUGGUAAGCUCGAUACAGUGAAGCUAGAAGCUACGAUUCGCACGGCGGUUCGCAUGCUUGAUAACGUGAUUGAUAUUAAUUACUACCCUGUAGAAAAAGCCCUAAAUUCAAACCUUCGUCAUCGUCCUGUCGGUCUUGGCCUAAUGGGUUUCCAAGAUGCACUUUAUAAGAUGAACAUUGCAUACAGCUCCGAAGAGGCGGUUGAGUUUGCCGACUAUUCAAUGGAGCAUAUUAGUUAUCAUGCAAUUUCUGCUUCUAAUGCUUUAGCGCAAGAGCGUGGCAGCUAUUCUACCUUUGAAGGUUCUUUAUGGCACCAAGGUAUCUUACCGAUUGACUCUAUUGCAAUGCUUGCAAAGACUCGACCAGAAGGUAUGCACAACAUGGAUACCAAGUCCACCUUGGAUUGGGAUUCAUUACGCCGUGCUGUCAAAACGACUGGGAUGCGUAACUCAAACGUUAUGGCUAUCGCGCCUACCGCUACAAUUUCAAAUAUCUGUGGUGUAACUCAAUCGAUUGAGCCUACAUUUCAAAACUUAUUUGUGAAGUCCAACCUUUCAGGUGAAUUCACAGUUAUCAAUCCUUACCUUGUUAAUGCACUCAAAGCAAUUGGCUUGUGGGACAGUGUGAUGGUCAAUGAUCUGAAACACUUCGAAGGCUCUGUGCAAAAGAUUGAACGCAUUCCAGAAAAUAUCAAAGCCAUUUAUGCCACGGCGUUUGAAACUGAUCCGCGUUAUUUGGUUGAUUCCGCUUCACGCCGUCAAAAAUGGGUAGACCAGGCUCAAUCUUUGAACCUUUACAUUUCUGGGGCAAACGGAAAGAAACUAGAUUUUGUGUACAAGAUGGUUUGGUUGGUAGGCCUAAAAACCACAUAUUAUCUGCGUGCACUAGGGGCAACGUCCGCUGAAAAGUCAACUUUAAAUACAGGGGCUUUAAAUGCUGUAAAACUUGAGCCUGUCCAGAAUGAAAAUCCUGUUGCGGCUCCUGUACCUAAUGCCUGUAGUAUUUUGGAUUCAUCUUGGGAUGAUUUGAUGUCUAAGAUAGGUGAAAAGGGAUUCACUUUAGUAGAGACACUUGUAGCACUCGCUAUUGCCGGAGUGCUUGUUGCCAUCGCGGUGCCAAGUUACAAGUUCUACGUUGCGCGAACCCAAGUUACAGAAUCGUUAAGUUCUGCAUCGAUGCAGUCUUUCAGUGUUGCACAGAAUUUAAAGCGAGGACGCUGUACAACAGUAGCAGGCGUUAACGAUGUAUAUCCUAAUCGCUUUGGUACUCUCACUAUUUCUGGCGCAAAAGUCACAUCAAAGGGAGAAAAUUGUCCAAGUGGCUGUACUGCAACGUUCUUGUUUAAUGACACUACUGAAAAACAUCUACAAGGCAAACAAGUUGUAUUCAAUAUUCUCAAUAAUCAAAAAGUAUCAUUCGUCUCAAGUACGGUGGAUUCGCUUUAUCUUCCUAAAGAGUUGAAAACAAUUUCGACUACAACCACAGACAAUUGCACAGCAAUUCCUGAUCAGCCACUAACAUCAACUGAUAGUAGUAUUCCUGGCGGUUCAACUACGAAUCCAACACCAACUACGCCAACGCCAACUACGCCAACUACGCCAACUGUCCCUACUACACCGAUUGACCCGACAACACCGGUUGAUCCGACCAACCCAACAAAUCCAACUGAUCCGACAAACCCAACUAAUCCAACAAACCCAACCGAUCCAACAAACCCAGCGAACGGAGAUGAAAUUAUCUCUGAAAAGAUUAAUACAGUUUCAUACUCCUGGCGGUUCAACUACGAAUCCAACACCAACUGCCCCAACACCAACAACACCCGAUCCAACAAACCCAACGAAUCCAACAAACCCAACGAAUCCAACCAAUCCAACUACACCAACCAAUCCGACUCCAACCCCUGUGCCAACGCCGACACCUGUGCCAACGCCGACUCCACCUACUGCAACGAUUGA